GGCAUAUAAGCCUCGUCGGGUUAUCAUUCAGAAUAGUCGUAUACGAGAUGAAGUCGAUUACUGUUCUCCUGAGCCUCGCGCUCCUCGUUGGAAGCAUAGAUGCCGGCGUCCGCAGACCGAGAAUAAUCGAAGGCACCGACGCGAGCAUCCGAGACUUUCCAUAUCAGGCUAUGAUACAGAUGGGUCUGAUGGCUCCGCAUAAGCACAUCUGCAGCGGUGUCAUCCUCAGCAAAAAGCACAUCCUCGCGACCGCCCACUGCAUGACUGUCUUCAUGUUCCCCCCCUUCAACUUCGGCAGAGUAAUCACGGGGACGGAUCGCAAUACCAACGACACCACCGGACAUAUUCACCAGAUCGCCAGUAUCGAGAAACACGAGGACUUUGACGGAGCCGCUGCCUCGUCCUAUCGUCACGAUAUCGCCGUAAUCACGUUGGAGGACGAAAUCGUGUUCGACGAGUACCAGCAGAAAAUCGAGCUAGUCGACCACGACGUCGAAAGUGGCAUCACGGCUACUCUGACCGGCUGGGGACGAACCAAGAACGGAACCGACUCCGUCCAGCUGCAGAAGCUCAGCACGACAGUUCUGACGAGUGCCGAGUGCCAGCCGUACUACCCCGACGACAGACCCAUAUUCGAGGACCAGUUUUGCGCGGUAGCUGCUAAGGGCGCGGGUGCUUGUCGCGGUGACAGCGGCGGUCCUCUGGUCGUCGGCAACAAACUGGUCGGAAUCGUUUCUUGGAUCAAUGAAGGAAUCUGUGUUAGUGGAACACCUGAAGUCUACACGAACAUCUACUCGCAUAAAGACUUUAUCGAAUCCGCGAUUAAUAAAUGAUUUGCUGUGAUGUAAUUUA